CCCGCUGAAUCAGGGCGAGUGUGUUCGACUCAGACACAGACAGCACAGCAUUGGCUAACUCUCUCUCUCCCACAGACACAGAAGCGAGUGUCUCACAACCAAAGCAAACAUAGCCUUAUUAACGUGACGAGUUUGAGACUCAGGGAGACACGACUGACUGCCUACUCUCAGGGAAGAGGAGGAAGCUGGGGACACUUGACUUACCAACACAACCAAUUCAGAGAACCUGGAGGGAGGCAAUCCUUCCCUCUGCGUAUGCUGAGGAAUACACCUUACACACAACAACAACUACAAGCCUGAGAAGAAGAGAGACCAGUGCCACGGUCUUUCUCUUUCUCUCUUUAUACCUCUCUCUCCUGCUGUGGAGCUCUGUCCUCGUCUCUCCAGUCCCUCAAGGUAUUCUGCUGACCUGACUGCCUGAUCUGCUGUCAUCAUGUCAGAAGGAGAAGAAUGUCGCUCUCCCAUCGGUCUGGACUGCUGCUCCUGCUGCCUGGACCUGGCCAACUGUGACGACCCAGCUGGAGGAGGGGGUGAGGGCAGAGGCAACAGCACCCCUCUGAUGGGCAGCCCCACGUCGCUCAGCCACUUCCGCCAGUUCCGUGAGCAGCUGACGUUCCAGAACCAGAACGUGAACACAGACAAGCUGAACAGCAUGAUGAGGCUGGACUCUCUGGAGUCUGUGGUCAGAGACCCCUGUUACCUGCUCAACGAGGGCAUCUGCAACAGCAACAUCGACCAGACCACGCUGUCCAUCCUGCUGUUCUUCCACAGUGCCUCGGGUGCUAGCGUUGUUGCCAUUGACAACAAGAUAGAACAGGCAAUGGAUCUGGUGAAGAACCACCUGAUGUAUGCAGUCAGGGAGGAAGUAGAGAUCCUCAAGGAGCAGAUCAGAGAGCUGGCUGAGAAGAACAACCAGCUAGAACGUGAGAACAGCCUUCUGAAGAACCUGGCCAGUCCAGAACAGAUGGAGAGCUUCCGCGAACGGGUUCCGUCCGACUCAGACGCUCUGGUCCCCCUGCGGCCGGACAACCAGUACCAGCAGCAGGCUCAGCAGUACCAGCAACAGGCCCAGAUUGGACUCCAUAACCCUGACCAGUCCUGCCACAUCAGCGCUGGCUCUGCUGUGUAGGUGGUUCUGCCUUGGACAGUUGUAAACGAAUCGUCGCUGCCAACUUCAGUGAAGCUGUCUGUAACAGACGAUGAAACACAACGGAGCACGUGAAAAGGCGCUCUAACUAGCGGCUAUAGGCUGAAGCUAUAAGCUAAGAUGAUGAGCCUUUCCUACGACAUCUAGACUAUUUCUCUUUAGACAAAAGCUCUAAACGAGAGGCCUCACAUGUAGCCAGCCGGAGAACGCUUGCAUUGGGACAGAGGGGAGGCUCCGGCCUUCUGGGGCCAGGAGGGCCAACCCCUUCAGCCAUUCUCUACCACCCCUGCUACAGAGGGGGGAGAGGGCUAAAAGACAGGGCUGGCCCGGGGAUCUGAUCCUGGGGAUGCCUCUCCACGCCAGGGUGGCCCGUCCUCCACCUUACCUCUCCAGGUCCAGCCAAGGAAAAAGGAAAUAUUCUCCAAGACGGACAGAGAGACGCCCCCCCCCUGUGUAUUUCUUCUUCUGACAGUACAAGUUCUGAGGAGUCAGUCAGACAAUAUCUCUACUAUCUUGUGACUGUUUCCACCUGCCACCAUCUACUGAUUUUCUCCGUCAAUGUUCCUUAAGAAGAAGCAAUGUGUCUUCGGGGGAAACCAAACCUGAGCUCCAGUACAACGAGUAGAGGAGAAGGAGGAUCUAGCUCCAGUACAACGAGUAGAGGAGAAGGAGGAUCUAGGAGAUCCUGGACUGUUGCUGGAGAAAGAGAGGCUUGUUGCUUCUCUAUCUCAACCUCACUGCCGAUAACUGAUUGCCAUAAUCAUGAUUCAGAUCAUCAUUACUUGUAUUCUCUGCAGUUGGGUUGUGUUGCUUAUGGGGGAAAAUCCUGCUAUUUUACUUUUCUUCUGAUUCUGAACAAAAUGGAAUACUUGUUAAUAGGAGCAUUGUAACUGUUCAGUUAAAUGAUUUAUUAUGGGGAUGGAAGUAUCUACUACCCAGUAUGCCUAGCUCUGUACAUUUUACUAACAUGUUCAGAGUAGUGGGCUGGAGAUGAAUUUGAGCAGCUGAUUUUUUCUCUAAGGGCUGUGAAUGCGAUCCUGACCUAGCAGACAUGUUCUGAGUGUUCAGAUGCCAACCUCAACUUGAAUCAAUGGCAUGACUCUAGUGCCGAUCUCCAGAAGAGGAAUACCACAGUUCCACAAUGGACGUUUGUGUUUUCUAACUACCAAAGACUUUGUACCGUUACUACUCCAAACGAAACCAAGCAACCUGGACCAUGUGUACAUCGUUCACACGGAGAACUCUUGUUAGCAGUAAUGUUUGUUUUUUUGAUAAACGUUGGGUAUUGUUGCUGUAUUGUGUCCAUGAAACAGGUAUAUAUUUUUAAAAGGAUGUAUUGGAUACAAAAUGCACAUUUGCAAUAAACCCUAUGUUUACACUAAA